AUGGUAAACGUCUUCCAACGCCUAACAAGGAGAGCAACAAGCUCUACCCAAAAACCCAGAGUUGCACGCUCAACCUCCCACGGCCGACUCCGCCGCUCACUGAGCGUAAGCUCAAAUAAACGCACCCGCCGCGCACCCGCCGAAGAACCAGCACCCAAACACCUGCUUCUGAUAUCCGAUACACCCGAGUUCGACCACCGGAUUAUUCACCGCUAUCAGGCGGAGGGCUUUGACGUCGAGUACCUCUCGUUUAGUUGUACCGGCGACCCCGAGCGCGAUCGCAAGCAUUUGGAUUUUGUGGUUCAUGAGCGCGAGGAUGAGCUUGAGGCAGGGGAGAGAUAUGCUAUUGUUGCAUACAACAGACCAGCCUACUACCUUCUCGCCUCGCACCACCUAGCCACAAGCAACACGAACCCAUUCCCGCGACUCUGCGCGCUGAUAGCGUACUACCCACUAACAUCCACAAGUGACCUGCCCCCGGGCAACUGCACAGAAGAAUGUAUCCCUGCCUGCUGCGAUACGUCGGCGAUCUUCGAACCAGGUCCUGAGACAACGUACCUCCCAAUCCAGAUUCACAUCCCAGGCAACAAAGCCGAUAAAAGCACCAUAUGGCCCUGGAUUACGAUAUCCUCGUCUGAGGGCGAUGUGACGUACAAGAAGCGGCAUCGGUGCUACUUGUACAACUAUCCCGAUGCGGGAUUCCGGUUCGCAGAGCCGGAGUUCGCGUGCGUGAGGAAGGAUAGCCAGGGGUUCCGAGGGGAGGGGGAGGGUCGGAAUGAGGUUUGUGAAAGUCUCGCUUGGAGUCGGGUACUCGGAUGUCUGCGGCGGGCAUUUGGGGUUGGCUCGAAUUGGGCUGUUGUGGAUAUUGAGACGGUUUGGGAGGAGUAUUGGGGGGCGCUGCUCGAGGAGGUCGAGAUUAGGAAGAAUGGGCAUGAUAAUGGGAGUGUGAAUAAGGGGUCUAUUUUGGGGCUUGUUUCUGGUGGUGAGUAUGCGCUGGAUGGUGGGGAGCAUGGGCAUGAGCCGAGUGUUGAGUGUGCUCCUACAAAGGCGGGGGGAGCUGGGAUCGAUUCCCUGAGGUCCUUCUUCUCGCACGUCUUUAUCCCCGCUGGCCCAGCGAAUCAGCAGGUCCGUUUAUUGUCAAGGACAGUAGGUGCGGACCGGAUUGUGGAUGAGAUUUCGUUUUCGUUCGUUCACACGGCUGAAGUUCCGUGGUUGUUACCUGGUGUUUCACCCACGUUGAGAGAGAUCAAGGUUGUUAUUGUUGUUGUAGCGAGCUUUUGCGCGGACAAGAUUGUGAAUCAGAGCUUGUACUGGGAUCAGGCGGAUGUGCUUGUGCAAGCUGGGAUUUUGGAUCCGGCACUUGUGCCGAAAAUGAGUGGAGUGCAAUAG